UUCCUGGGGCUGGCCUGCAGCUCAGGAGCCAGCUCCGCUGUCAGCAAAGAUGUUCUCCAUGAGGAUCUUCUGCCUGGUCCUGAGUGUGGUGGGCACAGUUUGGGCUGCGGAAACCGAAGAAAGUGACUUUGUAAAAGCCGGAGGAGCUGUGCGUGGCCCCAGAAUUGUGGACCACCCACAAUCUAUCUGCAAAGACAGCAACUUGCCCUUCUGCUCUGAUGAGGAUUGGAACCAAAAGUGUCCUUCAGGCUGCAGGAUGAAAGGGUUGAUUGAUGAAGUAAACCAUGAUUUCAAAAGCAGGAUAGAUAGACUCAAGAAUGCACUGUUUGAUUAUCAGAAGACCAAUAAGGUCUCAAGCUCACUGAAUAUAAUGGAAACUCUGAGAGGGGAUUUUGCCUCAGCUAACAACCAUGAUAGUACUUUUAACCAAGUGUCAGAAGGUCUGCGAAGCAAAAUUGAGAUCUUGAAGCGCCAAGUCUCAGAACAAGUCCAGACUAUUCACCUUCUACAGAAAAAUGUCAGAGAACAGCUGGUGGACAUGAAACGACUAGAGGUGGACAUUGACAUUAAGAUUCGAUCUUGCAAAGGGUCAUGCAGUAGAGCCCUAGCACGUGAGACAGACCUAGAGGACUAUGAAAACCAGCAGAAGCAACUUGAACAGGUCAUAGCCAUUGACUUGCUUCCCUCUAGAGACAGGCAAUACUUACCAGUGAUGAAAAUAAGUGAGGUUCCAGAUCGCAUGCCUGGAAAAUUCAAGAGCCAACUUGACCAGAUUCCUCCAGAACUGAAAGCACUAGUGGAAAUGAAGCAAAUGAGAAUGGAGUUAGAAAGGACUGGCAAAGGUGAGAGUCCCCGAGGGGACUUUGUAACAGGAUCAGGUCCUGAAAGUUCCAGGAAUCCUGGACGUGGAGAUGGAACUCCUGGGAGCUCCAGACCUGGUGGCUCUGAUACCUGGCGUCCAGAUAGCCCUAGACCUGGUGGUUCUGAUACAUGGCGUCCAGAUAGCCCUAGACCUGGUGGUUCUGAGACCUGGCAUCAAGGAAGCCCUAGACCUGGUGGUUCUGAUACAUGGCGUCCAGAUAGCCCUAGACCUGGUGGUUCUGAUACUUGGCAUCAAGGAAGCCCUAGACCUGGUGGUUCUGAUACAUGGCGUCCAGAUAGCCCUAGACCUGGUGGUUCUGAUACUUGGCAUCAAGGAAGCCCUAGACCUGGUGAUUCUGAUACAUGGCGUCCAGACAGCUCUAGACCUGGUGGAGCUGGCAUUUGGAACUCAGAGAGCUCCAGGCACAGUGAAAGUGCCUCUUGGAACUCUGAGUCUGGAAGUCGACCUGAUAGCUCAGGGCAUGGGAGCAGUAGGCCUCCCAGCUCAGGCUGGGGUCCAUUUGAAGAGGCUCCGGGAAGUUUAAGUUCAGCGGCUAAAAAAGAGUACCACACAGAGAAACUGACCACUUCUAAAGGAGACAAAGAGCUUCUGAUUGGGGAGAAGGCCUCCUCGGGUGGCACAAUCACCAUUCGUCGUUCAUGUUCCAAAACCAUUACUAAGACUGUAAUGGGUGCAGAUGGUCGCAAAGAGAUGACCAAAGAAGUGGUCAAUUCCGAGGAUGGUUCUGACUGUGGGGAUGAAGAUUUAGACCGGCACCACAGUCUUUCUGGCACAGGGGGCCUAGACAAUUUUCGGAGUAGGUUCUCAGAGUUAUCCUCUUUCUUUGACACUGACUCAGACUUUUUCAAAGAGCAUGACAGUAAGAGCCAUUCUGACAAGCUCUCAAGCGUCAAGGAAGGUAGCUUACAGUUUGGUGUACCUGGUUUCUCUGCCGGGGCUAAGGUUUCAAGCCACAGCGCACACUCUAUAACCAGUAGUAGUACAAAGAGCAGAGAAAGCCCCACAGCUGACAGUGAUCAGGAAGAGUACAGAGGAACACAUUCCAUCAAAAGAGUCUCUGCUAAAGGCCGUCCUACCAGAGACUGUGACGAUGUCCUCCAAACACAUCCGUCAGGUGCCCAAAGUGGCAUUUUCAAUAUCGAGCUCCCGGGAUCCAGUAAGAUUUUUUCUGUUUAUUGCGAUCAAGAGACCGGUUUGGGAGGAUGGCUUUUGAUCCAGCAAAGAAUGGAUGGAUCGUUGAAUUUUAACCGGACCUGGCAAGACUACAAGAGAGGUUUCGGCAGCCUGAAUGACAAAGGGGAAGGCGAGUUCUGGCUAGGCAAUGAGAACCUCCACUUACUCACUCUCAGGGGCUCAGUCCUGCGGGUGGAGUUGGAGGACUGGGCUGGGAAUGAAGCUUUUGCAGAGUACCAUUUCCGGGUGGGCUCAGAGGCUGAAGGCUACGCCCUGCAGGUGUCCUCCUACCGGGGCACCGCGGGCGAUGCUCUGCUGGAGGGCUCCCUGGAGGAGGGGAUUGAGUACACUGCCCACAGUGGCAUGCGGUUCAGCACCUUGGACAGGGAUGCCGAUCAGUGGGAGGAGAACUGCGCGGAAGUCUAUGGAGGAGGCUGGUGGUACAACAACUGCCAAGCGGCCAAUCUCAAUGGUAUCUACUACCCCGGGGGUGCCUACGACCCCAGGAAUAACAGCCCUUACGAGAUUGAGAAUGGGGUGGUCUGGAUCCCCUUCCGAGGAGCAGAUUACUCCCUCAGGGUGGUGCGCAUGAAAAUCAGACCCCUGGCCACCCCAUAGGCUGAGGUAGAGAGAGAAAGAGAAAGCAAGAGCACUCUGCUCUCUUUAGACAAGCGGAGGGGAACAUGAGGAAGAAAAAAGGAGCCGAUAUUCUGUAAGACCUAAGAAAGAAUUCCCAGGUGCUAUUUUAUUAUUCUUUGUACUGUAACACUAUGUAACUGAGACAUAUUAAUGCUAAAAAAUAAUAAACAUAGAUGUGUUCUUUUUAAAUCUUUA